AUGCUGAAGGUCAUCUUCAGACUCGUUCUUCUUGUUCUUGUCGUCUCGCUGGCAGAAGGUCAGGGCCAUGACGGUCAGCUUUCUGGGAUUGGGAAGGAGUUCAACGCCUCUAUCAUCCUGCCUGGAUCACCACAGUACGCGGCGGUCACCCAGCCUUUCAAUCUUCGCUUCAAUUUCAAGCCCGCUGCAGUCGCUUUUCCAACUAAUGCCCAAGAAAUCUCUGCCAUCGUCAAACUCGCGAACCGAGUGAACCACCAAGUUGUCGCUCGUAGCGGAGGGCACAGCUACAUCGCCAAUGGCCUCGGUGGGAAGAACGGCGUUAUUGUUGUGGACUUGCGCAACUUCCAGAAGGUCAAGGUGGAUGAUAGAGCGGGAACUGCAGUAAUUGAAAUGGGGACUCGGCUCGGCGAUAUUGUAACCUCACUGGCAGGGCAUGGGAGAGCAUUGCCCCACGGGACGUGUGCCUACGUGGGUAUCGGAGGUCAUGCGACAUACGGUGGUUAUGGGUUCACAUCGCGCCUCUGGGGCCUCACAAUCGACACCGUCCUUUCCUUUGCCGUCGUCCUCGCUAAUGGGACCAUUACCACCGCGUCGUCGAAGGCCAACCCCGAUUUGUUCUGGGCCAUGCGUGGAGCAGGAGGGUCCUUCGGCAUCGCUACCGCCAUUACUGUGAAAACCUUCGCAGCACCCUUGACCGCGACCAUUUUCUCCUACAACUGGCAGUUUACCGCCGCAGGUGCUGCUGCUGCCCUCGGCGCGUUCCAGACCUUCGGCCUCACCGCCAACCUCCCAGGCGAAAUUGCUGCAGAAAUCGUCAUCACCCGCGGAAAUGUCCAGGGAAACAUCACUAUUGGCCUCGCCGGCGGAUGGUACAGGCCAAUUAGCCAGCUCAACGCAACUCUGAAGCCGUUCCUCGACCACAUGCCACCUCCGCGGACGAUUACCUUCGAUACCGGGGAUUACCUACACAGUGCGACUAAUCUCGCCGGAGGUUCGUUGGAUACGAGCGCGCCGCCUGGGACCGACACCUUUUACGCGAAAUCGUUGAUGACGCCGCAGAGCGUGCCGAUGACGCAGAAAGCCCUGCUAGCUUUAAUGAACGUAAUCGCAAAUGACGGGUUUACGACGCCAGUGGGGUGGUGGUUCUUCCAGGUUGAGCUUUUUGGAGGAAAGAACUCUGCAAUCAACGCGGUCAAAAAGGAAGACACGUCUUUUGGGUAUCGAGACACCCUCUUCACGAUUCAGUUCUACGCAUCUUCACCCGGAAAUAGGCCACCGUACCCGAGGAGUGGCUUUACCUUCCUCGACAAUGUGGUAAACUCUGUAGUCAACGCGAUGCCGAAGGAUUGGCCAUAUGGCGCAUACGUGAAUUACGUGGAUGAUAGACUCGACGAUUGGCAAAAAAGAUACUACGGUGCCAACUACGCGCGGUUGCGCCGUCUGAAGGCGAUUUAUGACCCCCGAGGCCUAUUUUCGUUCCCGACGUCCAUCUAG